UGAUACAAAAAAUCCUGAUGCUUCUCAAAACAAUACAAAUCUUUCUAUGAUCUAUUUAAAAGAAAAAGAUAAAAAUAAUAUUAAUAUAGCAUAUGUAGAUAAGAGAAGAAAAGUGGUAGAAGAAAUAAAACUCUAA